AUGAAUCCGCUGUUCACACCGUCUCUUCACACUCAGAGACAUGAUUUUGUCGUCGACUUUGUCAGGAGAACUAACCCCAAAAAGGUGGCAGAUUUGGGCUGUGGCGAGUGCAGCCUUCUUCAAAAGCUCAGGUUCCACCGUCAAAUUGAAUUGUUGGUCGGAGUUGACAUCAAUGGCGAGAAGCUGAGAAAAAAGAUGCACAGACUGGCCCCAAUAUCUACUGACUAUCUGCAACCACCAGCUAAUCAACUGUGCGUCCAGCUUUACCAGGGCUCUGUCACACAGAAAGAUGCCCGCUUCAGAGGAUUUGACUUGAUCACCAGUAUAGAGCUCAUAGAGCACCUUGCCCUGAAUGAUUUGGAGCAGUUUUCAAAGGUGGUCUUUGGCUACAUGGCUCCACAAACGGUGAUCAUCAGUACUCCAAAUUCUGAGUUCAACCCACUUUUCCCUGGAUUGCUGGGUUUCAGACACAACGACCACAAGUUUGAGUGGACCAGAGUUGAGUUCCAAUCAUGGUCCCUGAAAGUAUGUUUAGUGUUUGGCUAUAUGGCAGAGUUCACUGGAGUAGGAAAAGCUCCGCCAGGCCAAGAGGAUAGUAUCGGCUUCUGUACCCAGAUUGGUGUGUUUCACAGGCUCAUGAUGACCAACAGAGAUGGUCACAUGUUUGGUAACAAUGCAGAAGUUGAGUUUCCAUACAAGCUGCUCUACUGUGUGACCUAUCCAAGCCUUUGUGACAACAACAUCUUGCGCAAAGUCCUGGUUAGUGAGUUGCUGUAUUGGGCGGAAAAGCUAACAAAACAAUGGCUGGAAAAUUUGGCAGGUAAGAUGGAACACGAGGAGCAAAUUCCUGUGGAGAGGGAUGACAGAGGAGGGUGCGAGUUUGGAGAGAUCUUUUGGACAAAUCCUCAAGAACUGCAGUGUCAACCAUUACACAGACAUGUGUCUGUUCCCCUGCACUUGCUGUGGAAUUGCUGCCCUAAGUUAAGUGAGCUGAGUGGAAGCCUGGGAAAUAUGAGACAACUCAUUGUAGAUGAUCCGCAGGUUAAAAUGAAUGGCCAGCACUCUGCUGUUAUUAUCUGCAUUUUGGAACAAGAACUAGAAGAUGAUGAUCCUAAUGAUCUGAGGGACAGCGGCUAUGCUGAGGCCUGCCAUGUGGAACCGGAACACUGGGAAACAGAUGAUUAG